CACCAUACAAGUUUCAGACAUUGCUCAGAGUAUCAUAAGCUACAGUAGAGAGGGAUUAAAGGAAGUGAAAGGAUUGGUAAUGAAAGGAUAGGUUUUUUAUUUAUUUAUUUUUUAGGAUUUGGUUAAGUGCUUACGAAAGAAAUGAGUUUUCAGCUGUCUUUUGAAUAUUGCCAUAAUAUUGAAUAUCUGCAUUCCGGAUGAAGCAUCACUUCAAAACGUCAUCAGCUGCACUCGAGGGAUCUGCCCAUAUGUUGAUAAAGUUUGGUUAUUUAAAAAAAUUAUAAUAAAUAUUAAUAAAGCAAGAUGCCCCAAUGAAAUAUGUGAGAUGUAAAGUUUAUUUAAACUGCAAUAGUAAAGCAAAUAUUUAAAUUAUUGUGACAUAUAUGAAGGGGGAGAAAUUAUAUGUGCGUCAGGUUUUUUGAUGAGAAAGACACCUGUGUAUCCUUGCUCACUCCUCAGGAAGCUUCCUGGAUGAGAUUCUCUGGCCUGACCCAGACCAAAGUGCUGCUGAGGCGGAAUCAUUUUUAUUUUUAUUAUUUUAUUAUAAUUUUUUUUUUUUUUAAAUUACGGCGUUAUGAAUGAAUAAAAAUGUGCAAUGUAUACAUUGGAUGACAGGAUGAACAUUGGAACUCCAGAUGAACUUUUACCCUGAGUUAAAUAUUAACCACAGGACUAUUAUUCUGAUAGAAAACUUAUGAUAUGAUGUAACUUCUUCAAACAGAUGUCUUUCACUUUUCCUAGGAUGAGCAAUUGGAGAACUCAAAAUGAAGGAAACUGAAUGGAGAGAUCUACAGAAUCGCAAAUGAUCAGCUGUAGACUGAAGACAGAGGAGAGAAAAGAAAAUCAACAUGUCUUCUGACAAUAGAGUGUCAAUAAGUUUCAGUUCAGUGUCAAUGCCGAACCUGAUUCUCUGUGGAAAUGAUGAAACUUUAAAGGGCCACAUAUCAAGACUUAUGCUGGAUGAAAGAGAGAGAAGAUCAGAGUCAAGAUCAGUGUGUGUGAGGAGGGAACAUAUAUCAGAAUCCAGAUCAGUGCUUGUGAGGAUGGGUUUUGAGGUGUGUGGACAUCUGAUCACUUUAGAGGAGCUUCCAGUUUAUUUCAGCACUCGGUUCUCAAAGGAAGUGUGUGAAUCUGCCAUCUGUGUUUCUCUCUGUGAUCCUGGAAUUCAUGCUUUCCUCAUCAUUAUUUCUGAUGCUUCUCUUACUGAGGAAGACAAAGCAGAAAUGGAGGAGAUUCACAGGAUAUUGAGCUCAAGAAUCGACAAACAUGUUGUUGUCCUUAUUUCCCAGAAAUCAGAGUGUGCCUUUGAGAGUUUUAAAAGAAAACGUAAUUUCCGUAGACACACCCAAAACGUGUCCAAGUUGGUGGAAAGAUUUGAACAGAUGGCUGAAGGAAACAGAGAAGACUAUAUCUCUGCAGAGAUAUUAUUGGAAGUACAAGUGGGAGAACUUCUGGAUUCCAGAUUUGAGAAGAUUCAAUCACAAGCUUCAAAACAAAAUGCAGAAGACGAAGAGUCUAUGCUUCUCAGAAAAACUGGAGUUGUGAUGACUGCAACACGAAACACCAUAUCCAGGAGCCAUCUCAAUCUUACUGAGCAAAUGAGUGAAGAUGACCUAAAGAGAAGACCAGUAGAGUGGAAGGAGAAAUAUAAAAAAGAAGAAAUGGAGAGCUUGACUAAAACAGGUGCUUCAGUGAAGAACGAGAACAAAGGCUUCAGACCAGAUCAAUUCUUGAAUCUAGAGAAGAGAGAAAAAGAAAAACACCAUCUAUUUCACAGACUUUAUCUUGACAGGCACCACAGGACACAGACAGCUAUAGACAUUCUUCAGUUAACUGCACAUUCACUAAAGUCUCAUGAGUCUUGUGCUGAGGAGAAGCUGGUUCAGACUUUCAUACAAAAACUUCUGACAAUGGAUUACAGAGCAAGAUACAUUAAAACUGAAGAGACCAAUAAACAGCAUAAUACACCACUUAGAGACACACAUGAAGAUGAAAGUGAUAUUUUCAAAGCAUUAUCUUUGCAAAAUGAAAGAACCAGCAAAUCUGAUCGCAUUCACCCAAUGGAUGUUCAGAUGGCCGUGUUUCAUUGUGCUGAUGGAUUCCUGAAGCAGCUGAUGGUGACUAAACUGUCCCAGUGUCAGUACGCUCUGCCUCUGCUUGUUCCUGAUCCAUUCACACAACAGAUUGAGUUUCCUCUCUGGACAUUCAGACAAAUCAACAAGAGCUGGAAGAUCAGAAACAACAACAAUGAAAUCAUCAGUCAAACUGGGCCAGUCUACAAAUUAGAAACUCCAAUGGUGUCUUUCUUCAGGUUUGGCUCUGUGUCUUCAUCCAAGUCUCAGCUGAUGAACAGUCUGAUCAAUGAGAAACACAACACGUUCUUCCACAGGAACUGCCCAGGCAGCAGCAGAACCAGAGUCCUGAUGGAUGGAGUGGUGGAGAUCGCCUGGUUCUGCCCCUCUGGGAAAACCACGGAUAAAUUCACUGACUGUGUUGCGUUCUGUAAUCUACACGGUGAUGCAGGAGACCAUGAGAAACAGCUGCAGAUCCUCACUGAAAUGGCCUCAGUCAAUGUUGUUCUUCUGCCACAAAUUCAGAGGAAUGACAUACAUGCAGAAAAACUUCAAAACCUGUAUAGGAACUCAAAGCCACUAAUUUGUGUUCUUACUGAGGAUAAAUGUACUGUGACUGAGAUAAGCAAAGGGAAAUUCAAAAUUGGUUUAAAUGGCAGAAAUCAGUCGGAUGUAUCUGAAGAACUCAGAAGAGCUAUAAAUGAUUGUCUCUCAGAAUCAUCUUCCACUUUCAGACUUGAAGAAGUGUCCAAACACUCAGACAUCAGAGUAGAUGAGGAAGAUGAAGAUGACUGCAGGAGAGGAAGAGAAGCAGCACAGCAAAUGAUGAGUUUAAUGAAGAAGAAAGAUCUGACAGAAAUCAAAGAAUUAUUUCUGCCCUGUCAGGGGACACUGUGGCAUCAGUGGUGUCAGAUUAACAAAGAACUACAUCGACCUCAAGGAGAUGAAAUAGAAAAGGAAAUAAGUACAAAACAAGGUAACUUGAAAAAAAUACGGGAGCAGCAGCAUGCACUUAAAACAAACACUUUCAUACAGUUGUUUAUUAAAGAAAUGAACUUGCAUGCUGAGAAUGAAUAUUUUCUUAAAUGGCUUGGCAUCUUCCUGGAUGAAUAUAUCUCAAAGGAUAUUUCUUUUCUUCAGCACAAAUAUGAUGAAAAGUGGUCAGCAAUUGUAAAACUAAAAGAGAAUCGUGAUAAAUCUGAACAACUUAAAUCUGAACAAACAGAACUUGAGAGAAUAUCUGAGGAACUUCAAGCUGCAGCCUUUGGUUUGGAGCACAUCAUGAGGGAGAUCGGUCAGAUCUAUGAAUCAUGUUCAUCUGUGCAGAAGAACAAGAAAGACCUGAAGUUUCACUUCACUUCUCUCCCAAAACUUGCAGCAGAGAUGAUGAUCUCUGGAUUUCCACUGGAGCUGAUGGAUGGAGAUGCUGCUCAUGUUCCUGUGAUCUGGAUCUCUGCUGUUUUAGAUGAACUCAUGCAGAAACUGGGAAACCACACCAGAGUCUUUGUGCUGUCAGUUUUAGGGAUUCAGAGCUCUGGGAAAUCCACCAUGCUGAAUGCCAUGUUUGGACUCCAGUUUGCCGUCAGUGCUGGCAGGUGCACCAGAGGAGCUUUCAUGCAGCUGGUCAAAGUGUCAGAUGAGAUGAGAACACAGAUUAACUUUGACUAUAUUCUGGUUGUUGAUACUGAGGGUCUUCGUGCUCUAGAACUGGCUGGAAGAUCAACAAGAGAUCAUGACAAUGAAUUGGCAACAUUUGUUGUUGGUCUUGGAAAUAUGACCUUGAUCAACAUCUUUGGAGAAAACCCAUCUGAGAUGCAGGACAUUCUUCAGAUUGUUGUUCAGGCCUUCCUGAGGAUGAAGAAGGUCAGACUGAAUCCCAGCUGUGUGUUUGUGCAUCAGAACGUCUCGGACGUCACAGCUGGAGAGAAAACCAUGGAGGGAAGGAGACGACUGCAGGAGAAACUGGAUGAGAUGACAAAACUUGCUGCUAAAGAGGAAGUCUUUGAUGCAGAAUGUUUCAGUGAUGUCAUUGAAUUUGAUGUACGGAAUGAUGUGAAAUAUUUUGCUCAGCUGUGGGAGGGCAGCCCACCCAUGGCACCACCGAACCCAGACUACUGUGAGAAUGUUCAAGAACUAAAGAAAUCUAUCAUGUCUCAUGCAGGAAAAUCACAUGGAAUGAUGCUUACAGUCCUAAAAGAACGUAUCAAGGAUCUCUGGGAAGCUUUACUGAAUGAAAGAUUUGUCUUCAGCUUCAAAAAUUCCUUUGAGAUUUCAGCCUACAGGAAACUUGAGACCGAAUACAGCAAGUGGACUUGGAGUCUUCGCAGUGCCAUGCUGGAAAUUGAGAACACACUACACAACAAAAUAGAAAAUAAAGCCAUUCAUGAGGUUGAGGAAACUGAUAUUCAAAAAGAGCUGAGGAAGACAAGUGAAGAAGUGAAAAAAUCAAUGUCAGAAUUCUUCAAAAAAGACACUGAUGCUGCUAUAGUGAUUCAAUGGAAAACAUCAUUUGAAAUCAAAAUAAAAGAUGUUCAGGAAAACAUUGUGCGAGAAACAAAGAGGAAAUUAAAUGAGAUUCUUCAGCAGCGUUACCUAAAGAAAAGGAUAGAUGCUCAGAGGACACAUCAUGAAAACACUCUCUUUGAAAAGAGUAAAGAACUUGCUCUAAAACUCAAAGUCAAAGCAAAUGAUGAAGAAACACUGAAGAAAGAGUUUGAUUCAUUUUGGAAAGAGUGUGUGAAGAUGAUCAACAGAGAAACUCAUCCGAUCAAAGACAUUAACAUAAUGACAGAUGUAAAAAGACUCCUCAGUGACAUCUAUGAGAGUAUUCCUGUACCCCACUGCAAAGAGGACAGUGAGUACAACAACAUUUUCCAUUUAAAGUGUUAUGAUGAAUAUGUUAUUUGCAGAAAAUCUUCAAACGGAUGGAUUAAAAAAGCUUCAAAUAGUUUUCACAAAAAAUUUCCAACAACAAAAGUUAUUACAGAAGCUGUAAGGAGUGCUUACAAAACAAUCAAAGAAAAAAUUGGAUUUACUCGAACACUGUCUUCAGAGGAUGAAACCCAAAUAAGAACCUUUGUCACAGAUGUUGUUCAGCAAACAGACAAAAUGAUUCAGUCCUUUAACAUUUCAAAGAUGGGCUACAACAUCAGCUGCAUUCAACAACUCACAGAAUACAUCAGGAAGAGAGUCACAGAACAUCAGGAAGAAUCAGUGAAAUAUGAGUUCAAAAAUGAAUUCUUCAUAGAUUUAGUUCUUUUCAUCUGUAACAGAUCAAAUAUGAUGAUCACUGACCAACACAGAAUGUUCAAGGAAGCCAAUGAUCCUGUUCUCUAUUUGAAGAAGAAGAGAAAUGAGUAUUAUAGCAUUUUUCAGAAAUACUGUCAUGGAGCUGCAUCAGCUGCCAUUUUUGGAGAGAUCAUCUGUCAGAAACUGAAAGAGCCCAUUGAGCAGAGUGUCUACAAGAAAGCUGCCAGAGAUCUGACAGAUGAAAUGAGAUCAAACUGUCAAUCACUAAAUGGAAACAGAUCAAAUCUGGAGAAACACAUCCUGAAGACACUGGCAGAAGAGGAGGAUUUUAACAAAUACAUGAACUACAUUAAAACUCCCAGAGAUCACUUCAAGAGUUUCAUCAGAGAUGAAGUCAGUCAGUACAUCACUGAUAAGUUCAGUGUCAGUAUUUUACCCAAGAUGAAGGAGAACAUUGAACUCCUGCAGCAGAAGAUCGUGAAAGCAGCACAUAAAUCUACUAAAUAUGUUCAAGUGAACAGAGGAGAUGUUGGUUUGUGGUUGAAGAGUUUCACACAGCAGCUCUCAGAUGAGCUGAUCUUCUCUGUAAAAGACCUCAGUGGAGUGAAACAUGAUGAUGUUGAUGAUUUUAACCUUCUAGAAGAUGUGAUAGUAAAAGAACUUACUAUAAUGUCUGACAUCAGCAUGGAGUUCAACAUCAAAAACCUGGACCUCAAGUUUAGACCAGAUGAGAUUCUGAUUGAUCACUUCUGUCAGUGCUGUUGGGUUCAGUGUCCGUUCUGUGGAGCCAUCUGCACCAACACCAUAGAAAACCAUCAUGGAGAUCACAGUGUUCCUUUCCAUCGUAAUAAUGGACUGAAUGGGUGGUUUUACAUAGGAACAACAAACUUGUCUAUUAAUAUCUGCACAUCAGCAGUAGCAAGUAAUGAUUUUUUUUAUCCUCAUGAAUCAGAUAAGUCAGUCCCCUGGAGAGAUUACAGAACAGCAGGAGGAGUUUUUGCUAACUGGAGCAUCACUCCUGAUCUCUCUGAACUGCCCUACUGGAAGUGGUUUGUGUGCAGAUUCCAGAGAGAUCUGGAAAAAUACUACAAGAAAACAUUUGAGGGGAGUGGUGUCAUACCAGAUGAAUGGAGAAAAUACUCAAAACAGGAUGCCUUUGACAGUUUAGAUACAUACAUUUAACUGAACAAAUGAAAUAAUGUUCUUUUAGAUUUACACAACACAGUUUGAAAUUAGUUUGUUUCUUACUUCAUGAGUCUGAAAACAUCUAAAGUAAAUAUCUUUGCCCAGAAUACAUUAAAAAGAAGAGUUUUCAAAAGACUAUCUGUUCCAUCUGUGAACAGAUCUCUACUUAAAGAUGUUGACACAAAAUAAUUGUAAGAAAACAUAUUAUUUUAGAGAAAAUACCUAAAAUGUUCAUUUUCUAAUUAUUUUUUUUUGUUUUUAUUUUUUUAGUUAAAGGGAUAGUUCACAAAAAAAGAAUAUUCUGUCAUUUACUCACCUUCAUGCAGUUUCAAGCCUGAAUGCAUUUCUUUCUUCUGCACAACACAAAAGAAGAUAUUUUAAAAAAAUGUUGGUAACCAAACAAUUUUGGUGACCAUUGACUUUCACUGUAUGGACCAAAAAACAAACAAACAAAAAACAGACAUUUCUCAAAAUAUAUUCUUUUAAAGGACUGGAACAGCAUGAGGGUACACUCUAAAAUCUGUUGGGUUGAAAAUAACCAAUUUGGGGGGUUUUGCAACCCACUGCUGGGUCAAAUAUGGACAAGCCAUUGUUAUGGACAUGCAUUAUUUAAACCUAGCAUGUUGGGUUGCUCAUUUAGCUCAGCAUUAUGGGUUGAUUUAUGCUAGUUAUUUUUUUACAGGAAUACACAACC